CACGUGUUUGCACAUGGACACAGAGGAGAGACAGGCGGGACACAAACAUCCCCUUGACGGUACUUUUGACGGCACUGAUCACAAAAACAGAGGGGACGUUUCUAUCUUCAACAUUUGGGAGAUUAUUUCCGCCUUCAGCACGUUAUAUUAUAAUAUAACAUCGACACAGCUGAUGUGUUUUAAUGUAUAAGACGAUCAAAACAAGAAAGAGAAGCUGACAUCUCGUUUAAAAUAAUAAUAAUAAUAACACAGCCGAGCGAUCAAAAUGAAACCUCAGGACAUUAUCAAAGAAAAGAGCAGCCUGUGGAUAUUUGGAUAUGGCUCCUUAGUGUGGAAACCAAAUUUUACUUACAAGCGAAGUAAAAUCGGCCACAUUGUGGGAUACAAAAGGCGCUUCUGGCAUGGAGAUGAUUUUUAUAGAGGGGACAAGGAAAAGCCAGGCAGAGUGGUUACACUAGUGGAGGAUCAGGAGGCCUGCACAUGGGGAGUGGCCUACGAAGUUGCUGACUCCCAGAUUGAAGAGUCCCUUCAAUAUCUGAACAUGAGAGAGGUUGUGUUGGGAGGUUACAUAACAGAGAUGGUGGAGUUCAUCCCUCAGGAGAAGGGUCAGGCUCCACUGUUGGCCCUUGUCUACAUCGCUACUUCUGACAACCCCAUUUACCUCGGCCCGGCUUCGGAAAAGGAAAUUGCCGCCCAGAUUUCCGCCUGCAGGGGCAACACGGGCCACAAUAUUGAAUACCUGCUCCGUCUGGCAGAGUUCAUGAGGCUCUACUGUCCCGAGGUUGAAGAUGAGCACCUCUUCUCUAUUGAGGCGGCUGUUCUGAACAUUUUCCAUGAUUGUGGAGAGAUCAACCCCCCAGACUAAAAACCCAUGCUGCAGGGAACUGCAUAAAAGACUACAUGAAGCACUCUACCAUAAAAAUAUUAAAGUUUUAUACUGGGUGAAAGGAAGACAUAGGUUUAGGGGGAUUUGUUGCGUGAAAGAGGAAUACCUGAGGGAGAAUAUAAAAACACUAUGGUGACAUUUUCUGUCGUAACAUGACCUCGCAGAGUUAUCCCGUGUCUCUGCCUUUGACCUCCUCACAUUUUUGGACUGUGAAGACUAUAAUAAGGACGUACAGAAGCAUGUGAUGCUUUAAAAAAUCGCACAAAGAGAUGAGCUCUCUCUUUAAAUACAUGAUGUCUUAUACCUUUGUUGUAAAAGGGUCUUAGAAGUGACUGUAUACUGUGUUUCUUUUUUAAAUGUAUUUGAAUAAAAACACUGAAAAUCUC